CCGGGCGCUGCUGCCAUGGCGCUGGAGACCCUCUCCCCGGACUGGGACUUCGACCGCUUCGACGACGGCUCCCAGAAAAUUCAUGCUGAAGUACAGUUGAAGAAUUAUGGGAAAUUUCUUGAGGAAUAUACUUCUCAGCUGAGGAGAAUAGAAGAUGCAUUGGAUGACUCAGUUGGAGAUGUUUGGGACUUCAAUCUCGAUCCUAUAGCAUUAAAGCUUUUGCCCUAUGAACAGUCUUCCCUGCUGGAGCUCAUAAAUACAGAAAACAAGGUUCUGAACAAAGUAAUAACUGUGUAUGCUGCCCUUUGCUGUGAAAUCAAGAAGUUAAAAUAUGAGGCGGAAACUAAAUUUUAUAAUGGCCUCUUGUUUUAUGGAGAAGGAGCCACAGAUUCCAGCAUGGUGGAAGGUGAUUCCCAAAUACAGAUGGGAAGAUUUAUUUCAUUUUUACAGGAGCUGUCUUGUUUUGUUACACGGUGCUAUGAAGUGGUGAUGAAUGUAAUUCAUCAGCUGGCUGUUCUCUAUACCAGCAACAAGAAUGCACCUAAAAUUAUAGAGACAUCAGGAGUUCAUUUCCAGACUAUGUAUGAGCAUCUAGGAGAGCUGCUGACAGUCUUACUCACGCUGGAUGAAAUAGUUGACAAUCAUGCCACUCUGAAAGACCACUGGACCAUGUACAAAAGGCUACUAAAAUCUGUCCAUCACAACCCUUCAAAGUUUGGGAUUCAGGAAGAUAAACUGAAGCCGUUUGAGAAGUUGUUAUUAAAACUGGAAGGCCAGUUACUUGAUGGGAUGAUAUUCCAGGCCUGUAUAGAACAACAGUUUGACUCUCUCAAUGGAGGAGUGGCUGUCUCGAAGAAUAGCACUUUUGCCGAAGAGUUUGCACAUAGUAUUCGCACAAUUUUUGCAAAUGUUGAAGCCAAACUUGGUGAAUCCUCAGAAAUUGACCAGAGAGAUAAGUACGUAGGAAUUUGUGGUCUCUUUGUACUGCAUUUUCAGAUUUUUCGGACAGUAGACAAGAAAUUUUACAAAUCGUUACUGGACAUUGGCAAAAAGGUGCCAGCCAUCACAUUAACUGCUAAUAUUAUUUGGUUUGCUGAUAACUUUCUGAUCCAGAAAAUGCCAGCUGCUGCCAAACUUCUGGACAGGAGAAGCCAUCAUGCGAUUAAAACUCAAAGGGAGAAUUUUCUACAACAGAAGGCUCAGUUACUUACCAAAGAGAUGCAGUCAUAUUAUGUCUUUGUGAGCUCAUGGAUGACAAAAAUGGAAUCUAUCUUGUCUAAGGAACAGCGGAUGGAUAAGUUUGCUGAAGACCUUUCUAACAGAUGUAAUGUCUUUAUACAGGGUUUUCUUUAUGCUUACAGCCUUAGCACCAUCAUUAAAACCACAAUGAAUCUCUACAUGUCAAUGCAAAAACCUAUGACCAAAACCUCAGUGAAAGCAUUAUGCAGACUUGUGGAACUUCUCAAGGCAAUAGAACAUACAUUUUACAGAAGAAGUAUGGUUGUGGCAGAUUCUGUGACACACAUAACUCAGCAUCUCCAGCAUCAGGCUCUUAACUCUAUUUCUAUAGCCAAGAAAAGAGUAAUUUCUGACAAAAAAUACAGUGAGCAGCGCCUGGAUGUGCUCUCUGCUCUGGUAUUGGCUGAGAAUACCCUCAACGGGCCAAGUACAAAACAGAGGCGCCUUAUUGUUUCCCUUGCACUGAGUGUGGGCACACAGAUGAAAACAUUUAAAGAUGAAGAGCUGCUUCCCCUCCAAGUAGUUAUGAAGAAACUGGACUUAAUCAGUGAACUUAAGGAGCGCGUCCGAACACAGUGUGAUUGUAGCUUCUUGUACUGGCAUCGAGCAGUCUUCCCAAUUUAUUUAGAUGAUGUGUAUGAAAACGCAGUUGAUGCAUCUAGAUUGCAGUACAUGUUUAGUGCAUUACGGGACUGUGUUCCUGCUAUGAUGCAUUCAAGACACUUGGAGUCCUGUGAGGUACUUCUGGAGUGCUAUGACAAAGAAAUCAUGGAAGUUUUAAAUGAGCACUUGCUGGACAAAUUGUGUAAAGAAAUAGAAAAGGAUCUACGUCUUUCUGUGCACACACACUUAAAGCUUGAUGACAGAAAUCCUUACAGAGUUGGGAUGAAGGAUCUGGCCCACUUUUUCUCUCUGAACCCAAUUCGAUUUUUCAAUCGGUUCAUUGACAUCAAAGUUUAUGUAACACACUACCUAGACAAGACCUUCUACAACCUAACAACUGUAGCUCUUCAUGACUGGGCCACAUACAGUGAAAUGAGGAAUUUAGCAACUCAGCGCUAUGGCUUAAUUAUGACAGAAGCACAUCUUCCCAGUCAGACUUUAGAACAGGGUCUGGAUGUUUUGGAAAUCAUGAGAAAUAUUCAUGUUUUUGUAUCUCGCUACCUCUACAAUCUCAAUAAUCAGAUCUUCAUUGAGAGAACUAGUAAUAAUAAGCAUUUGAACACUAUCAAUAUCCGGCACAUUGCUAAUUCAAUUCGAACUCACGGCACAGGAAUCAUGAACACAACAGUUAAUUUCACUUACCAGUUUCUGAGGAAAAAGUUCUAUAUCUUUAGCCAGUUCAUGUAUGAUGAACAUAUCAAAUCCAGACUGAUCAAAGAUAUCCGAUUCUUCAGGGAAGUCAAGGAUCAAAAUGAUCAUAAGUAUCCCUUUGAGAGAGCAGAGAAGUUCAACCGGGGCAUCAGAAAACUUGGAAUAACGCCUGAUGGACAAAGUUACCUUGACCAAUUCAGGCAGCUCAUAAGUCAGAUAGGCAAUGCAAUGGGCUAUGUGCGAAUGAUAAGAUCUGGUGGACUUCACUGCUGUAGUAGUGCAAUUAGGUUUGUUCCUGACCUUGAAGAUAUUGUUAAUUUUGAGGAACUAGUGAAAGAAGAAGGACUCUCAGAAGAGACACAAAAAGCAGCAAGGCAGUUGGAUUCUGUCCUCACUGAUCUCACACGUAAUUCUGCAGAAGGGACAGAGUACUUCAAAAUGCUUGUCGACGUGUUUGCUCCCGAAUUCCGCAGUCCAAAGAACAUGCACUUGCGCAACUUUUACAUUAUUGUUCCCCCACUGACUCUCAACUUUGUAGAACAUUCAAUUAGCUGUAAAGAGAAGCUGAAUAAAAAGAACAAAGGUGGAGCAGCUUUCACUGAUGAUGGUUUUGCCAUGGGUGUGGCUUACAUUCUAAAGCUUUUGAAUCAGUACCAGGAGUUUGAUUCACUUCACUGGUUCCAGUCAGUCAGGGAGAAGUAUGUGAAGGAGAUAAGAGCAGUAGCUAAGCAACAGAAUGUGCAAUCAACUAGUCAAGAUGAAAAGCUACUACAGACUAUGAACCUUACUCACAAGCGACUGGAAAUUUGUUUACAGGAGUUUGAACUGCUUUAUUUCUCGCUAAGCAGUGCAAGAAUAUUUUUUAGAGCAGACAAAACUGCAGCAGAAGAAAACCAGGAAAAGAAAGAGAGAGAAGAAGAAUCUGUUAAAACAAGCAAUGGAGACCUCUCCACCGCUGCACAUGCAGAUCCUGUUGUGAAAUGAUAUUGCUGGUAUGCAUUAUUUGUAUGAGCUAUCAGAAUUAUUCAUUAUCCUGUUCUUGCCAAUAACUUUUUGUAGGGAUAAAAUCUCUAGAUUUGAUUUACCUCUUGUGUUAAAAUCAAUAGAAAACGGUACAAUACUGUAGCAGUACCCAGUGGGCUACUAUAGCUGAGUUUGUGUCCGUAUUUCCUUUGGAAAACCCUAUUGUUCAGGAUUUUAUUACAUUAUUUACAAAAUUUUGCUCUGAGCUGAAACGUAGCAUGUAAAACCUUGACUUAGGAACAACCAUUAUCUUAAGUUACAGAAGUGCAGAUCAAAAUUAGUAAUUCCCUAAUUUCAGAUGUUUUCUUGCAUCUCUAACUUUAAAACAUCACUUAAAAAACCUUGUAGGCCUUUGUUCCAUGGUUAGCACUAGGGCAUUUUGAUCUUUUCAACCAGGAAAAACAAUUAAAGGCAGACAAUUUGCAUUUCUAGUAUCUAUUGUCUGAAAAAUAAUUUGGGUGCUGGGAAUGCAUCAUAUCCAGAGCAUAUGUGGCACCUAAUACCAUAAUCACAUACCACACUAUAAUAAUGCUCGGCAUACCUUGUGAAUGUAAAUUGAGACUGAUACACAGUUCAGAAACCCUUAUUAAUAUUAGCAUAUCACAAAGCCUGUAUUCUUCAUUGAUAUUGAUCCAUUGGCAUAUCAGCUGACCUAAGGGGAUUUAGGGCCCCUUCAGUAGCUCACUUUCCCUGCCUUUUCUUCUUUCAUACCAAAGAAGGGGUGGGGGGGAACUAAGCUAAUGAAACUGCUUUAGGUUUACACUGAAGGCCUGACUUUCAUCUACAAAAGUAAGGAAAUUCAGAGAAGAGAAAACCAGAGUUAGUGCUUCCUCUUUUGACCAGGCACUGUAUGAACGGGUGUCUGUGCAUAUUAAGUAAUCUUACAUUUCAUGAAUGCUGUAGUACCUAAGCACAAGUUUCAGCCUCACGUCUAUAUCUCCUUACCUUUGUAGGUCUGUUACACCCUUUGUGUUGUCCAAACCCAGUCUGACAUGCUUUAUGAUCAACAAUAAUUGCACUGCAGGCUCUAAAAGCUGCUGUACACUGUGAGAAUUCUGUAUAACUUAAACACGUGCUGACUACAGUUCUGUAGCUUGUGCAAGAGUUAGACAGUAGUUAUCCAGAUUCCUGACUCAAGCAAAUGGCUAGUCUUAUCUUAAAAUUAAGUGCCAGCUACCACUAACUAUGAAAAGGUACGGUUAUGUUUUAAUCACCCAGAACAUAAAACAAUAUCUUGCUAAAUAACACGUCAGUUAGUUUAACUAUGACUUGCAGUUUUUUGGCACAUAUGGUAUAUUUUAUUGGACCACAGUUGCCAGCCUCCUCUCCUAAUUACAGUGCAAGAUGCUCUUUUAUAAAUAUUUCAUAAUUACUCCAAAGCUGGUCACUGAUUAUGUAUAUAUGACUAAUAUAAUGUGUGACACACCUGAUAUUUGCCCCCGUCAGUCACUGAUUCAUGCAGAAAUCUAGGACAAAUGAUGUUUUCUUGAAACUGAAGGGACCAGACUGGCAUGGAAUUUUUUCCCCUAAUGUUGAAAACAUGACGCAGAAGCAUCACAAACCAUUUACUUGGCUGCACUCAUUAAAUCCUUUAUUUGCAAUUCGUCAUAAUUGCUGAGAUGGCCCUAAAGAGUGCUGCAUACCCUAAUUUGUAUUUGUUUGAAGUGCUGUUUUAUUUCAAUGAGACUUUCAUACUUAAUUUGUAAUUAUUUUUAAUUAUUUGUGUCUAGUUUGACCUCUUUGGGCCAAUAGCAAACAUUUUCAGCAGGGCUGCUACUACUGCUAACUUCCCUGCUCCUGUAUGUGCAUAUACAGAUGCCCCUGUUCCAGACCAAUCUUCAGUCGUAUAGUUCAUAGGUUCUUGGGGAUCUGAAGAAUCUAUGGCUAGUCUCUCUCAUUUCUCCUGUAGAUUGACUCUAUGUAAACAUGUACGUUCAUGGCACACCUAUGCUAUAAUAAAGUUUGCACUUUCCCCUUUUGCCCUGUAAUUCGGAAGAAUGCUAUUACAAACCCUUAAUACUUCGCAGUUAAUCUUGGAUAGUGUAUAUGCCUGAUCUGUACAGUGCUAACAGAUUAAUGUGGUUUUGAUGAGCAAAAUUCCACAGAAAGGACUAAAGGCUAUUUUUAGUACCCUGUUUAGAGGUAGCAUAUGUGGAUGUGUAAUGUAUGUGUGAAUAUAUACAUAUGUACAAUGAUAUAGCUCUUCUUGCUAAUAUAGGACUGUAGCUAAUGUAUUUGAAACAUCUCACUAUGCAGUAGAAUCUCACUAAUGGGGGGAACCAUUGUAUGGAUUCAUUCAGUUUCAAGCUGGAGUACUGGGGCACACUCCCACAUGUGCCAGUGGGGGAAGAGCUCCAUAUUAAACCCGUCCAUUUCACUAGGGAUUACAACUGCAUGCGGUGCUACUACAGUGAGAACCUGGUCCAGUAGCUCUUGCAGCUUGGGCACAAUCGUGGAAAUGAGGCUCUGGGCUGCUGGUCUGGAGAAGGGAGAAUCUUAGGAAAGCUGCUGUUGCCACUUCAUUCAAAAAAGCCAUUGGUAGUGAGAGAACAAGGAUGGCCACAGCUGGCUUCAUUUUGCUGAGGACUGAUAGACUAGCUCCUUAGCUCCCCCUUUCCUUUCAGUCAGGAACCGGGGGGCAUUGCUGAAAGCUGCCUGUCUAGCAAGAAAGCAGCAGCUGCUGCCAUCUUUCACUUGUUUCUGUGGCUGGGCUGAGUGUGACAGGAAACAGACGUAUAGCAACAACCCUUUUAAAAGCUCAUGCCCCUCUCCUGAUUGGCUGUCAUAUUCUUCAAUCAAGCAGCAAUGAGAGUCCAGCCUUACAAGUCCCUUUUCCCACCCCCAUUUUCCUUCCCCCACAACAGCAGUACUGGGGGGAGGAGUCUAGUAUGUGCUCUAGUCUGAUUUCAGGGACUUACUGAAUGCCAGGACUAAUCUCAUGUGCCCUUUCCCUUGGCCCAAUUGUCAGGGCUGGGGGGAGAGAUUCCACUGUGAUGGCUCCACUAACAGCUGACCCAUCUACACUUCAGUGAGCAGCUAAUUUGCUUCCAGUGUAUAGCUGUUGGCUCAUGGGUUGCUGAAGUGCAGAUUCCUGAGAUCCUACUGCAUUCUGUAAGUUGGAGGGAAAUUUGAACUUUUCAUCGGAUGGCCAUUGAUGACAACCAUUUUCAAUUUCUCAGGUAUGAAGGACCAAAUGUAACAUGUAUUAUCUAACUCAUUUUACAAAAAGGGUAUUUUGUUACCUCAGUCUUUUUUUUGGUUCUGUGAGUAGAGUACACUAUGUACAGAAAGUUAAUAAAUGUAAUUUUGAGAA